CCCGGGGGGCGGGGCCUGAGCGCGCGUGCGCCGAGGCGGAACGGGCUGGCGGGUGCGGCGAGGCGGUCACUUCGAGCGCGGUAGUUUGUUCCGUGAAGGGGAGUGAGGACGGUUGGGUGCUCUUGGCCACCUUCCCUUCCCCGGGAGAUGUCCUUUGCUUCUCAGAUGUAAUGCACUUUAAGUUUGUUAUUCAACAGUGAAAAUGAGUCAUACAGAGGUUAAAUUAAAAAUACCUUUUGGAAAUAAAUUACUAGAUGCUGUUUGUUUGGUACCUAACAAGAGCUUAACAUAUGGAAUAAUUCUUACACAUGGAGCGUCAGGAGAUAUGAACCUUCCUCAUUUGAUGUCACUGGCAUCCCAUCUUGCAUCUCAUGGUUUUUUUUGCCUGAGAUUUACCUGUAAAGGCCUUAAUAUUGUACAUAGAAUUAAGGCAUAUAAAUCAGUUUUGAAUUACCUGAAGACCUCAGGAGAAUACAAACUGGCAGGUGUUUUCCUUGGUGGUCGUUCAAUGGGCUCAAGAGCAGCUGCUUCUGUAAUGUGCCAUAUUGAGCCAGAUGAUGCUGAUGAUUUUGUUCGAGGUCUCAUUUGUAUUUCUUACCCACUGCACCAUCCAAAGCAGCAACAUAAACUUAGAGAUGAAGAUCUCUAUCGUAUAAAAGAUCCUGUAUUGUUUGUGUCAGGCUCAGCAGAUGAAAUGUGUGAAAAGAACUUGUUGGAGAAAGUGGCACAGAAAAUGCAAGCUCCCAAUAAAAUCCACUGGAUUGAGAAGGCAAAUCAUUCCAUGGCAGUGAAAGGACGGUCAACAAAUGAUGUUUUCAAAGAAAUAAAUACACAGAUUUUGUUUUGGAUCCAGGAAAUCACUGAAAUGGACAAGAAAUAAUUGUAUUUAGCUAAAAGCUAUGUUAUUUUGAAUACAGAUUACAGUCCAUUUGAUAAAGAACAGCAUACCUCUCAGCAUUAUGAGAUAUUUCAGAUGAAUUUAAUGUUCUUUAAUGUUUCCCCCGUUUUUAAAACACGUUUUAAUUGUGGAAAUUAAGGUCCUUUAUAAAAUAUCUUUUGAAAGCACUGUUAUAGUUGUAUAAAGAUGAUGUACAAAUAUUGAAGGUGGUCUAAAUAUAAUUUAUUUUCAUUAAUAUAGUUAAGUUUUGAAAAAAAAUUAAACAUUUGAAUUUUGUUACAA